AUGCCUGGACAAAGUCCGAACGAAUUUUCGUCAAGUGGCUCUGAUUCUGAGACUUCAUCCGACGAAACACUGAAGGUUCUCCGACAGAUCCAACUCGAGCGCAAUCAGCUUGCAAGCGAGAAUUCAAAACUCAAACGCCAAUUAGUUGCUACCUCCAAUGUCAGGCGUACAAGAGACGGAGGCGACAGCGAUGAAGACAGUGAUGCGUCCGAGGCCGAGUCUUCUGAUGACGACGAGGAGACAAGACUCAGGGAUAUCAAGACCUUCGGUCAGCGCUUCCUCCUCCAGCACCAGUUUUGGUUUCGGAAGGACAAGGCGACGUUUGGAGAAGAGAUCGACGAGAACUACAGCAUGUACGUGCAGUUCCGUUUCGAAAGCACCUGGUCGAAAACCCAGGCACAACUUCAUAAGCUCCUCGACGUCAUUCCCAUCAAAUACCACGAAGAGCGCAAGCGCAGUGUCCUACCUGCCCAGCAGGCCAGUGAUACUGAAGGUCUGCCGGGGAGGUAUGCUGGUCCGCUCCGCCGCCCAAUCGCCCACAAAGACUUCACUGGGCAGUACAACGUGCAGACCGCGUUUCGUAAUCCCCAGCUCAAGGCGGUAAGAUCAAAACUGACGAGACCUACUUCCUUGAACUUACUGAGCUUUCUCAUCAGGGUUUACGUUUCAAUCAUUUGGGGACCUGGCGCUGUUGGUGGGUUCGUUGAUUCGGGGAUCGUGGUCCCUCCGAGAGGCGAGAGCCUUGCGACAAAGCUCGGUCUGACUUACACGACACCUGGAGCGAUAUGUCUCAGUGUAAUUGUGGCUACAUGGGCACUCUCUCCCGAUGAACAGCUCAAGAAGCGCGGUAUCAGUUCGGGUAUCACAUACCAAGAUGAUUUUGACAAAUAUUUGAAACUCCUCCUGCGGGGUCUGGAAACACGGGAUGCGAAUACACUACGUCUUUUCCGUGAGUGGGAUGCUGCGAUAUUCCCGGAGACCAAGGACACGGGGCUUGGUGCAGAGAUGGGCGCAGCAGCUGAGAGAAAUGAGGAUGACGUAGAGAUGGAAGAGGCGUUAGCAGCUGUUGAAGGAGGGGAGAGGGUAUAA